AUGAACCGCACAAUCCUCCUCCGCCGCGCAUUCAGCACAACCCCCCGCCACGCCGCCUCCCCCUUCACCCGCGGCCCCGCCCCCAUCCCCCUCCCAAAACAAGACCAAGACCUCUUCGAAAAACUACAAAAAGCUAGUACAGGCGCGUUUAGCACGCCGCGCUCCGAAGACACAAAGCCGGAAAUAAACGUCGCCACGACAGCGACAUCCACACAAACCGCCAGCACAGCAACGACAUCGCCAUCUCAAGUUUCGGCUCGUUCCUCGCCGCAAAUCAACCAAUCCCCCUCCUCGACGUCGGGCGACGAUCUACACCCCAACAUGCGCCGCGGCGCACCGCCCGAGUUCGACGGCGAGAUUAAUCCCAAGACGGGGGAGGUGGGGGGGCCGAAGAACGAGCCGUUGCGGUGGGGCGCGGUGGGGGAUUGGAGUUAUAAUGGGAGGGUGACUGAUUUCUAA